AUGAGACCUGUAUCCCAAGAGCUCAAUACAGGAUUUGAAUCGGAGGAUGCGAUAGGAGUUAUCCCUCGGCAGUCUACGCUUCGACCAAUUGACGCCAAAUAUCGUGCGUUUAGGUAUCCACCGAAUGCCGAGGGUUUGGGGCUAUGCGCGUUCGGGAUGACGACGAUCAUCCUCAGUUUUGUCAACCUCGGUGUGGCCGAAGAUGAAUCGUUGGGUCUUGCGGCUUCAUUCGCUGUCUUUCAUGGUGGCCUGGCUCAACUGAUCGCAGGACUAUUCGAGUUGCAUUUACACAGAUUUCUAAGCGGAACCGCUUUCGUAACAUAUGGCGUAUUCUGGCUAUCCUGGGGACUUUAUGAACUUCUUCUGGCCACCAACGCCAUACCCGCCCCUUCCCCUCCAGUUCCUACUGCGAAGUGUGUGUGGUUCUGUGUUUGGGGCGUCUUCACGGCGCUGUUGUCAUUCACCACCUUCUACGCGCCCAAAACCACGCGUGCUAUCCAAUCAGUGUUGUGUACUUUGGCAAUGGUGUUCUUCUUCCUCGCUGGAGGAGUGUACAGCGAUGUGGUCCAGGUAAUAGGAGGGGCCCUAGGCGUGCUAUGCGGUAGUUUGGCCGUAUACACAGGAUUUGCCGAACUUUUGCUGCUCAUAACAAGAGGUGAGGAAAUACUGCCGUUAUUCCGCGUGGAAAAGAACAGUGACUCUGAACCACACCGUGCUUCCAGACUCGAAGCCUUACAGCGAAGUGCCUAG